CGGGGAGCAGGUGAACUUUGAUAGAAGCAAUAACCAUAAGGAAGGAGGCAAAGUUCAGGAGGCUGGAGACCUUCCUGCUGCAGGAUCCCGCUGGAGCUGCCACCUGGCGUACCCACCUGCCCCUGGUGCCAGAUGAGCUGGGGAUCACCUGGAGAUAUGGAUCAGGGAGGCCACGGACAGAUUUCUGGGAUUCUGGAGAAGAGGCGGCAAAAUCUGAAAUUCCAUUGGAGGACAUACCAGUUUACACUUGAAGGGGCCAAGCUGUCAUAUUUCAAGAUGCGAGGAAGCAAUGUCAAAGAGGGGGAGCUCUGGGGCACCAUUGAAAUCCGAGAUGUGCAGUCAUUGGUUUGUGUGGAGACGAUGGCAUCCCGACACCCCAUGGAGAUAACCCUGCGGAGCGGAAAAGUCAUUUUACUGGCUGCAAGCAGCAACGAGGAGAGGAUGAGGUGGCUGCAGGCGAUACAGGAGAGCAUGGUGUCCAUCAGGAAAAGUAAUCGCCGCUCCUCGGAUACCCCUGUCGUGCGGGAAAGGUCUACAGAUUUUAGCCGAGGAAUCCGUGACUGGAUGAGUAAGUCCAAUCCUGGGAGUGAAACCGGAAGCCCGAUCAGUGCUGAAGCCACCGAUGAAAUAACAGACCUGGAUUCCUUCAUUGACCAUACCUUUAGUGGGAUCACCUUUAACAGGCAGUCCCAGCAAAAAAAGAUGUCCUCGACGGCAAGCCAAGAUGCAGAGAGCAGCAGUCACAACACAUGACAAACAGGAGUGGUGCAUUAUAACGAUUGUCACAUACGGCAUCUUCUUCAUUCAGUCUUGAAGAUCCUUCUCCUCCUGUAUAUGAAGAGCCCCAUUUUCUUGUAGCUGAUCAUAGACUUUCCCAUUUUGCCAGACACGUGCGGUGAGCGCCCCCUGCGGCUCUGGAGGGUCUCCUGUGUGUCAGACGGUCUGAUGCUGUGAGCGCUCCGCAGGGUCUGCAGAGACUUGUGUGCUGAUAAUCAUUUCUGUAGACGUCUUAUUACUGAGGAAACGAGAGGGAAGAAGGAAAGAUGAAAAUAAAGCGCUGACAUUUAAAAAAUUACUUUGAAAGUAAAAUCUUGUG